GUAGUAUAGAUUCUUGGAAAAUUGUGUUCUUGGCAAAGCCGAAGUGCCUCAAGUGCAUUAUCCUGGUACGCAGUACCGUGCGUCACACUCCUACUUCCUCAGAUGGGUCUGCUCAGAUUGCGGUCAGGAGAUGGAUAGACUGACAUCCAUGUAUACACAUCCCCGCCAGUGCAUCAUCCACUGUCAAAAAUUAUUCACGGAGCGGGAAUGUUGGCCCACUGUCAGAUGGGUGUGCAUGUAGAUAUUGCAGCCCGGGCUUCGAGGGAAGAGAUUUACUUGUUGUGUAGCAUUAUGCGUGCAUGCAUGUGGCUGGGCCCAGCCGAUGCAGUGGAUGCACCCCCUUGUCGUGGGCCGUCAAGUGGCUAGGUCAGGAGUCAGGACUCAAGGUGGCUGAGUGGACUAGGACCAAGGGUGACAAGGAUGUGACCUGAAUCAACAUGACACAGUGACCGGAGUCAGGAGUGAAAUAGUACAGCCGCCUCUGUACAGUAAUCUGAGUUCCCCCCAGAUCCUACUGAAUGUCCUGGUACUCAGUAUUGCUUGUCCAUGGAGAGACCAUCCAGGGGGAUCAUGAACUUCAGCAAGGCCGACCUGCUCCGUCUGCUGGGGCUGCUGGAAGCCGAGCUGCAGGCCAGGGAGUUAGUCAUUGUCAGCCUGAAGGCUGAGCGUGUCAAGCUCCUGCGACCGGCCGGCAGCCAGCAGCGCUACACCCUAGCCAACCCGUACACAGCCCUGGGCCGGGACCUGGACAGCGACAGCAAGGAUAACACCAACAGCAGCAGUGGCAACACCGAGGAGGACGACCAAGAAAACAAGGGGAGCAAUGCCUUGGCUUGCCUAGAGGCGAUGGUGGCCAAGCACAAGAAGGCCGAGGCCGAGAUGAGGACCCAGUUGGAGGGGUUGAAGAAGAGCCACGCGAAGGUGGUGGCAGAACUGGAUGAGGAGAAGAGAAAACAUGCCAGUGACACAGCCCAGGGGGAUGAUGUCACCUACAUGCUGGAGAAGGAAAGAGAGCGACUCGCACAACAGCUUGAAUUUGAAAGAGCACAACAGAAGAAGUUGGAGAAGGAGACCAAGAGAUCCCAAGCAGCUCUCAUUCAGGAGAGGAAGAAGCACCUCCAGUUUGCCAAAGUCAUUCUGGAUGAGCGCAAGGUUCUCUUGAUGGAACUUGGCGAGAUGAAGCAGCACAUGGAAGAACUGGAGGACAUGAUGAUUGUCAAGGAAGCUCAGCUGGCCAGCGCCAAAGGCUGCCUCCAGAAGGAACGCAAGCGGCUCACUAAGAUGGAAGCCGGCAUGGAGAAGCGGCUGUCCGAGUUCGACAUCGAGCGGGAGCAGCUUCGAGCCAAGCUCAACCGGGAGGAGAGCAGGACUCGGGAGCUCAGGGAGGAGCUGGACGUGGCCAACAACUGCAUCAAUGACCUGCAGCUGUCUCUGGCUGAAGCCAGGCACACUGAUGCUUCCAACGGCAACCAGCAUAAUCCCACUUCUGCCACAAAUGGUGGAGAUGCCAAGGGUAAGCCUCUGGGAAGGGUUACCGGGUCUCCAAUUUCAGCUGCUAAAACGGGAAAGAUCAGCACUCCAAGAGGAAUCAGGACCCCUCCUCGUUAUGACAAGUCAGAAGGCUCUUCCUCUGGUUCUGAGGAGUUGUGUAGCCCCCUUAGUCCUGUGACUUCUGCCACUAAGCAUGUGCCAGGAAAGCCUCAGAAGAACAGUUACCAACCUCAGUACGGCACAACUGUGAAACCAACAGAUGCAAGGAGCGUAGAAAGCGACAAUGGAAAACCAGAGGUGAAGGCAUCUGCCAAGCAAAAAGGUUCCUUGUUGUAUUCCAAAGGGAAUGGAAAGCCCUUGAGCCCAGCCUCAAGUCUUGAUCGAUUGAACAGAGCUCACACUUCAUCUCCCCCACCUCAGAGAGGCAGCAAAAUUCCAUCGAGCACUGGAAACACUACAAGAUCAUCUCUGAUGUCACCACAGCAAAACAGGAAAGGAUCUGCUGAAAUAGAGAAGCCAAGCCCGAGACAGCCACCAGCACAAGUACCUUCUCCAAAACCCACGGCAACCAAUCUAGUGAGACCCACGGCUCUGUCUAGCUCUCCAUUCCUGAGAGCGGUUGAUGCUUUUAAAGCUGGUCCCAAGAAAGCAGCGGGGCUUCCUGGAGCACAGCCGUCCCCAGUUGUCUUUCAGCCCGCCAACAAAGCUCCAUCUCCAAGUGUUCCCAAAGCUGCCGUGUCGCCCCUGGUGAGCACAACCAAAAAGCCGCAGACCUUCAAGCCACCAACACCAACCCAGCCAGCAAUGCCCGUCUCAAAAAUAAACCCACCGAGUCCAUCAAGCGCCAUCUCCCCCACUGGAGCAGAACCCAGCUCACAGCCCGCCAAGACGGGAGUCCAGCCGCCCACGUUCACACCCCCAGUCAAGCGCACUGUCUCCCCACGAGGUACCCCACCACCAGUACCGCCCAACAAGCCCACUCUCAUCCCACAAAAGACUAACGCUUCUUCUUCUCCAUGCACUUCUACUACCACAAUCACUUCACCCGCUACGACACCACUCAGCCGACCCGACGCCAACAAGAACACGUGCCCCCUUGCACCCCCUCCCGUAUCAGUGCGGAGGUCGGAUUCGUUAGUGGAAGCCCGUAGACAAUUUUACACCAACAAGCUGAGUGGUGGUCAAACUAACCCACGGGGCGGCGGCUUGGAUAACCAACUGCUAAUCAGUGCUAACAACAAUUCCAACAACUCAAAUGCUCUUGACACUCUUGCCAUUGACACUAAUGAUGAUUUUCUUUACGACGCCAGCGAGCAGCCUGGCCCACCUUUGCAAAACCAUGCCCAAGCUGCGCCCACUGCACAGAAAUCCACAACCCAGGUGGGUGGGGACAUGCAGUCAGUUUUAAAGCUCAGCGGGGCCACGCCCAUUCAUAGCGAUCAUGGCUUUUACCAUAACACCCUAGGGCCACGUCCUGAAGGUAGCUCACCUGUUAUAGCCCGGCUCCCCCCUUCCACUGCCUCCCCGAGCUCCCCCUUGCACCUGGCCGCAGUGGAAGGGGACACCGCCACCAUCUGUAGAUUAAUAGAGGAGAACCACAGCCCCACCAUUAGAGAAAUUGAUGGCUCUACCCCUGUACAUGCCGCGGCCGAGCAUGGCCAGUUAGAUUGUUUAGAAUUACUUUUAGACCUUGGAGGUGAUGCUAACAUAGCUAGGACCGAUGGUGUCACGCCCUUACACAGCGCUGCUGGACAAGGACAUGCUGGAUGUUUGAGUGCAUUGCUCGACAGAGACUGUAACCUCUGCACCCCAGAUUCCCUCGGCUGGUACCCACUCCACUGGGCAGCAGCUAAUGGUCAUGCAGAAUGUGUCAGAAUCCUUAUUGACCGUGGAGCACCGCGAGACUGUGUCACAAAGGGUGGAUGGACCCCCUUACACUGUGCUGCCAAAUACAGCCACGCUGAAUGUCUACAAAUCUUACUAUACCACGCAUAUCCCACUGCUGCCACCACAACCCAUCCUGACAACAGCCAACCUGCUGACAGGGCUGUGUCAUGUGACCUGCUCAACAUGGCAGACCAAGAGGGAUGGACAGCCGCUCACGUGGCAGCAUCGACAGGGCAAAAAGAGUGUCUUGAGGUACUGUGUAACUAUGGCGACCUGAACCUGGACGCACGAGACAAGUGGCGCAAAACUCCAAUUGACGUUUCAAUAGACUCUUGCAAAGAAUUCUUCUCAAAUUUAGUGGGAAGGACAGUACAUGUUUCCAUCAGCCUGGGAGGAAAUACCAAUAACUUGCUUAGCAACCAGAGAGAGGCAAACCAAUGCUAUGUCGCAGGGCAGCUGACUGUACGACCCGGAAUGACCUGGACAACCUUUGACCGCUGUAUGGCAUCAGUUCUGUGCAGUCACUCACGGGAUUUAGAAGGCUACGCUCGGUUGAAAUCUGAACCAGACAAUGAAAGUGACGAAGGUUCUGACUGUGGCCAGGACCUUGGGUUGAAUGCUGGUAGUAUCGAUUCCUAUGUUGCAGGCAAUUUGCAGUGGUCGCCGGGCAAGGGCCCGCAGAGCAUGCAACCUUAUGAACUGUUUGGCUUGACCACUGAUGUCGUAGUGCAUCUGUGUGGGAUAGACGCAGGACGACUCGACCAGCUUGCGUAUGAAACACUGAUCCCAACGGCCACCCUACAGAAUUACGUCAGAUUGAUUGAACAGUAUAAGAGUGUUGUGUUCUACGGCCCGGCAGGUACCGGGAAAACUCUGUUAGCAUCAAGACUUGCAGAGUAUGUCAAGACCAAACAGCAUCAACUGAACCUCAAGAGCACCAUACACCACAUUGCCCUACAUUCCAAGAUGAAUCAGCAGGACCUCACCAAGCUACUGUGCAGUAAAGGAGUUUUCAUCCAGUCCUCUGACCUCACAACGCCCAAGGCCUUCCCAAUCCUAGUAAUAGAUAACCUGGACAAGUCCACACUGCCGGGGGUGUUAUCAGACCUACUGAAGGGGCUUGAGCACAGAGGCACACAGCAGCCAAUCCAGUUGUCAUCCCCGCAAGGCAGUGGGCAAUUCCACCUGCAUCCAGAGUGCACUUUUAUUUGCACCAUGGACAAGAGCAGCUCAGGAUUGGACCUGUCCAGCCAGCACUGCUUCCGAUGGGUCCAGCUCCACCACGACCGGGAGCCUGUGGCCAGCACUUUACCCCGCUACCUCCUGCGGCGGCUGGUCAGCCACACUGGCGGCCGUCUCCCCCAGGCUGAGGACCCCGCCUACCGUGCCAUGGAGUGGGUCUGUCACGUCUGGCAGCGCCUCAACGACUGUUUCCUGCGGCUGAAGCUCAAGCCUGCCCUGCUUGGCCCCAGACACUUCCGCGCCUGCCCGGUGGACUCGGAAGGGCCAAAUUCUGUGUUCAGGUGGUUUUGUCUGUCUUGGAACCACGCUAUUGCACCCCAGAUUGAGGACACCCUCCGCAGAAAGAGCUCGUCCAACUCCCACAACUACCAGCGCCUGGUCAGCACCACCCUCUACGUCUUGCUGCAGCGUGCCGUCUUCCCUGGCUGCCCCUUCACAGGGGAAGAAGCAGACGACUACAUGUCCAGUUUCAGGGGAGUGAACGAACUCCUAGCCCAGCUGUCGUCACAGAAAACCAACAGCCUGAAACGCUCCCCCCGUCGGAGUAAAAGUCUGGAUCGCAACAAGAGCAGCAACAAAGCAGCAUUGAUGGCCAGCAAACGGCAGUCUGCCUUGGACCUAGACAGUCAGCAUGCAGAUUUGCAUCGCAGCACAAGAUCAAUGAUACCGAGGCGAGUUCCCAAAUCGCAAUCCAAAUUAACCAGUGACGGUAACAGCAACCCCGUGGGCACAAUCCAGCAGGAUCUGAUCCCAUCCUCCCCCAUCGAAGACUCUGAUCUCCUGGAGUCCCUCCUGCAGCUACAGGGCUGUCCCCUGGACUCGGACAUGGACCAACUCACCCAGCUCCAGGAGAACCUGCUGGGGAGGAAGCCCGGAGGGUCGGGCGCGGGGGCAGGGGUGGACAAGGCUGCGGCGGACAAGGGGAAGAAGACCGGGGACCCAGGGGCAGGCUCUGAGAAGCAGAUGAAGCGGCCUAGUCCCGACGACGGGACAGCGGGGGCACCGGGAGGGGCCGCAGGGCGGCAUGAGAAAUUACGGAAGAAGAACAAGGACGAAGAUGGGGUGUGGGACGUUUGGGAAGAAACGGUGUAGUCGCAGGCACAAUUUUCGGUGUCGUGAACGGGCCAGUUUGGUAUUUCAAACAGGCAAGGUUAUUUGAGAAUAAAGCACAUGUGGGAGUCGGCGUAUGAGUGUGCUGAUAGGGUAGACCUUGCGCUCACACCUUACUACUUCUGAAUAACCUUGGCUGAGCUUCAUUCUGGACAUGCACUGUUAUACCAAACUUGCUCAUGAGUGAAAGUGGUCUCAUACUGAAAGUCAUUGUGGCAUGGAGGUUUUAAAAUGGGAAAUGAACCCCUCAAAAUCCUUUUGGCUCCCAAGAUGGAAUACAUCUUUCCUUGGGCGUAUUAUCAGAUAUGAAUGAUGUGCUACUGAGCUUGUUUCUAAUAUCCAUGCACUUACAGUCUGCUGUACCUAGUGGAAGAUGGCAUUACAGUUUGUCGGUUCAGUUUGUGCCCAUUCAACCUUUGAACAGAUAAAGAAAGAAAAAAAGGCACUGAAAUUUUAUUCUUGGGUUGCUGGACAUUUGUGCGGAAAAUCAGGGAGUUUGGAUCAAGAAUGUUUGACCCUCACUAGUCUUCAGCAAAACUGGUCGGUAGUUUCCAGACCCUUGUGACAUGCUGAAAUAAAAUCUUCUGGAGCAUGUGUUUUUGUCAGGCAGGAGACCCAGUAUUCAGCAUGAAAGUCUGAUUUCCUUGGGGAAAAAAAGUAUUGAAAUGUAUUGUACAUUGUUUAUAUGCUUCUGAUGUCAACAUUCCAAAGGGUGGAAUCUUAUAAACAGUGCCCAAAUUCAGCUGAAAUUUCCCCCAUUUUUCAUUUAAAGUACAUUUUGCAGAAGUAUACUUCUGUAUUUUGAAAAGAAAACUGUGCCAAUAGUUGACAGAUGGUUGCACUUCAGUCAAUGAAUGCCAUCAACACGGAGGAAUUUAUCACUAAUAAAUGCCAUUUUAUGAAGAAAGAAUAUCUCUGUGCAAGGCGUAAUAUUUAUGCCUACCAGUAAGAUACAGAUUCCUGAGGUGACUUUCCUGUGUCAUUUGGAUUGACCUUAUCAAUAUGCAUGACCUUGAUAGUCUGGUAACCAGCCUUCUCAGCCAAGAAAUAUGCCUUCCAGUCAGCUUCAUACAGCCCACCUUUUUACUAUUUGUAUGCUGCAUUGCUCGUUCAGGCAGAAAAUAUUUUAUACUAUUUGUACAGUUUGACUUUGAGAAAGCAAAAAAAAACACUUGAGAUGAAAAUGUGCCUAUAUGUGCGUCAACCAGAAUGCCUUUUUCUCAUGAUCUUACAAAGCAAUGGAUUUAUAGUGUUUGUAAGGCUUAUCACUUUUUAAUGGCCAAGGAUUUGACAUCUGGGUUCUUCCACAGAUAUAAGAUAAAAAAGCAAAAAAGAGGUGUAACAAAGUUCAAAAAAGAUACUGUCAACCUUUCUAGAAAACUAAAACAUGAUUUGGUGCAUUCAUGCCUGAAUGUUCUCCUUGAAUGUGCUAAACCUUUACCAAAAUGCAUUGAAAAUUAUUUUGACAAAAAACUUGAACAAGUUCUCUUGAGAGGGCUUCCACGCCUUCUAACAGAUCCCUCUGUUGGAUUGUCCAUAUUAUCUCCUUCCAAUCCGCUAGUUCCCUGCGAUCCUCAUGUCCAGUUUCAAAUGCACAACUUUUUUUCGCACAAUGUUCCACGUGAUUUGGGCUUCUCGUUAGAUUUGGUCAGGAAUAGUUGGUAUUGUUCCUGGUAGAAGAGCAUUCGGGAAUGUUUUUGUUUUGUUUGAAAACAGCAAAACAGAUGGUUCAAUUGUAUAUUCCACCGAUCAUCAAAUUAGUUGUUUACUUGAUCAUAUGAGAAUAAUGUCCCGGCAAAUAACGCGACUUUGUGGGAUUAUUUUCCGAGUUGAGACCCUCAUAAACGAGUAAUCGCACAAAUUUCCUCAUCUUUUCAGCUUCACCGGCAAAGUUGCCUUUCGUUUCGUAUGACGGAAGUUCUUCCACUCUUGAAGUUUGUUAACAUUUGUAGUCAAACUUUGUACUGAACACUGUAUGUUCUGAGGGCAGGAAACCUGUUCAUGAGUCUUUACUGAUGGCAGAUCAUAAUUGCUUUCUUGUCUCGUUGAUUGUGUAUUAGUUGUUAAGCUUGAUAUGAAAUAUUUGUCAAAUAAAAUUGAAAACUGUAAACACUUCAGGGAACACGGACGUAGUACCAAAGUUACUUGCCUAAAAAUGAUUUACACCCUUGUGAGAAAAAGUGUUCAGGUAGGAUUUUGCUGUGUUCCUCAUUUCGUUGAAGUGUUGAAUUUCAAGGGUUUUUAUUGUAAAAGUUUCCUGUAGAUAGUAAAGAAAUAUAAUAUUUGUAGUUAUCCCUUGUGACUUUAAAGGAUCAUGUGCUUUAUUUGGAUUUUUCUCAUUUUAAAAUUUUACCAUUAGAAAAAAAAUUCUUCUACACAUAAUGGCUACUCUAAUUUGGGGUCCGGUCAGAUAUUAUUUCCAGCCCGAUUUAACUGGCCUUGUUUCCAUUGUGCACCAUCUGUAGGUCAGUGAUGUUUCUGUGUUUUUUUAAAUAAAAUUGUUUAAUUGGACUGGAGAAAAGCAAUACGUGUCAUAAUGUUGAAGAUAAUUUGCUGGCAUUGUAUCAAUUUCAGCAGUCUUUAUAGUGAUGUUCUGUACAGGGUUAGAGCCACCGAAAUUCUUGUGUUAAAUUAAUGUAGGCAUUAGUGUUUAUAAAAACUUUUAUUUGUAUAUAAGGUAUGUGUAUGCAGCAGAGUCAUGUGAAUAUAGUGUAAUGUUAAUUAUUGGUGUUUAUAUUCUUUUUUUUUCUUUUUAAAUCUUGGCUUUGUCUCCGGUUGCAACUCUAGCUCCAGCUUUGUUUAUGUAAGGUCGUUGUCUUGGAGAACUCCAAAUCAAUCAUCGGUCGUCUGCUUUAGAUGCCAUUAGUAUUUAUCAUCGGCACUAUUCAGAUUUAUUGUUCUUUUGUUGCUGUGCUGCCGGCCGGCCGUAAUUUACCAACCACUCACUGGCUGGCAAUACUGUGCUGACGCAUAAGAGAGGUCUUUCGGCAGUGCCUUGUGAAUUAUCCAAUUCUGAAGAGUGUUGUCACUAAAAACCAUAUUUUUUUUGUAUCGCUUUGUUUGGAAGCAUUAAGACUUUUUUGGUCAAUGUAUUGUGUGGUGGUAUUGAUGUGUAAGACCUCUGCCCAAAACUUAGAGAUUCGAUGUGUAGAGGUUUUUUUUUUUCCAUUUUGUAUCUUGUUUCGUUGACGAUAUUUCGUGUAAUAUUUGCAACUUCUUCAGGUAUCUGUAAAAGUGACUACGUGUUGAGGAAUUUGCGUUUAAAUUGCCACAUGAGCUGUUAUAUAAAAAAGUAGUACUUGACAAAUUUUUUUCCUUCAAUCUUUUGAGGUUAUCGUUUUAGGAUACUGUACUCUCUCACCUUGUGAAGAUUGUAGUCAGUGUGAACGUUUAUGUAUUGUGUAUGAAUAUAGUUUCUGUUGAAUUGUCGACUGCAAUAUUUUUAUCCCGCCUCAACUUAAGAAUGACAGCAUAAUUACGCACGGAAUUCCCCUGUUUACUAAAUGAAAAGAAGUCUGAGAUUGGAAGAUAUCCUGAAUUUUAUUGCUAGUUAUUGUUCCCUUACCAAAACCAACAGGGUAUAUUCACCACCUGUGGUGUUUAUACAGGUGUUUGAGUUUCUGGCCGCAUCUGUUGUAAAAUAUAAAUGUCGAUAGCAUUUUCAUAUUUUCCUGACAUACGCCAUAUGGUCAGCACGAGAAGUAAACCUUUUUAGCAAUGACCGUUGCAGCAUAUUUGAAGUUAACCUCAUUAAUUAUGUACCGAUGUGCAUUAAGAGGCUGUCCUUGUAUGCUGUUAUUUUAUUGUUAUUAUUUUAAAAGCUUGUUGGAAAUUCACGAAAAGAAAAGGAAAAAUGGCAAAACGACUAAAACUUGAUGAGGGAUUACUCUGCAUGGCCACAGCAGAAUGAUUUGUAUCGGGACAGUUUUAUGACAUGAAUUUAUUGUGUAAGUUUUUUUCCUGACUGUAUUUAUACAACAAAGUGAUUUGCUGGGAUAGUUGCUCUGGAAUAAAAAACUCUUUGUAAAUUUUCAAUCAAUAAACAGUAAUUACUUCUGUUGCAAGA